AAUAAUAAGCGAAGAAGGUAAGCAUUUUUGUAAUAAAAUUAUUGACACCUUGUUGUUUAAAUAUGGAUGCAGGCAUAAAAAGUCACUUCCCUAUCAUCCUCAAGCUAAUGGUCAAGCAGAGUUGGCCAACCGGGAAAUUAAAAUCAUUUUGGAGAAAACUGUCAACCGAUCGAGAAAGGAUUGGACAAACAAGCUUGAAGAUGCUUUGUGAAAAGAGAAUGCUCGAGCUAAGCGAAUUGGAGGAAUCGCGGUUAACCUCGUAUGAGAAUGCCAAAAUUUACAAAGAAAAAGUGAAAUUUUGGCAUGAUAAACACAUUCUCCCUAAGCAUUUUGAAGAAGGGCAAAAGGUGUUAUUGUUUAACUCAAGGCUUAAAUUAUUCCCUGGAAAGCUUAAGUCUCGAUGGUCUGGGCCAUUCGAAGUGGUUCGCAUGUUUUCUUAUGGAGCAGUGGAAAUAAAAGGAGAAAAUGGUGCCCCAUUCAAAAUAAAUGGUCAAAAAUUGAAGCCCUAUUUGGCCGGAGAAAAGGUUCCUAAAGGAGUAAUUUACUCCUUAGGAAACGCAAUGGAGAGUUAAAGAAGCUA